AGGCGUCGUUAUUUCCUCGGUCUGCUCGGUGCGUGGCGGCGCGGUAGCCACUGGAGUGGUAGGUAGGGACCUCCCGUGCGGAGCCAUUGAGACUCCCUGUCUCCCGUGUCUGAGCGCUCAGACCCCGCUCUUGUGGCAGAUCCUGGGGACGCCAGGUCACCCUGCGGCCCCGGCCCUACCGCCGCGCCUCAGGUAGGAGCUGGGGUUCCCGGAUACCCGCUUGCCCGCCGAGGCCCGGCCUUGACGGGUGUGUUCCCAGGGCGAAGACCCGGUGCGAGGCAUAAUGGUUAUGAAAGCGUCCGCGGAAGACGACGAUUCAGGAUGGGAGCUCAGUCUACCAGAAAAGAUGGAAAAAAGCAGUGCAAACUGGGUGGACAUAACUCAAGAUUUUGAAGAAGCUUGUCGAGAAUUAAAGUUGGGAGAACUGCUUCAUGAUAAGCUAUUUGGUCUCUUUGAAGCCAUGUCUGCCAUUGAAAUGAUGGAUCCCAAGAUGGAUGCUGGCAUGAUUGGAAACCAAGUUAAUCGAAAAGUUCUCAAUUUUGAACAAGCUAUCCAGGAUGGCACCAUUAAAAUUAAAGACCUCACCUUGCCUGAACUGAUAGGGAUAAUGGAUACGUGUUUUUGCUGUUUGAUAACAUGGUUAGAAGGCCACUCCUUGGCACAGACAGUCUUUACAUGUCUUUACAUUCAUAAUCCAGACUUUAUAGAAGAUCCUGCCAUGAAAGCUUUUGCUCUCGGAAUCUUGAAAAUCUGUGACAUUGCAAGGGAAAAAGUAAAUAAAGCUGCUGUUUUUGAAGAGGAAGAUUUUCAGUCAAUGACUUACGGAUUUAAAAUGGCUAACAAUGUGACAGAUCUUCGAGUUACAGGCAUGCUAAAAGAUGUGGAGGAUGACAUGCAAAGAAGAGUAAAGAGUACUCGAAGUCGACAAGGAGAAGAAAGAGAUCCAGAAGUUGAACUAGAACACCAACAGUGUUUAGCAGUAUUCAGCAGGAUGAAAUUUACUCGAGUGUUACUGACAGUGCUUAUAGCCUUUACUAAGAAAGAGACCACUGCUGUUGCAGAAGCUCAAAAAUUGAUGGUUCAAGCAGCAGAUCUUCUUUCUGCCAUUCAUAAUUCAUUGCAUCAUGGCAUCCAGGCCCAGAAUGAUACUACAAAAGGAGAUCAUCCAAUUAUGAUGGGCUUUGAGCCCCUUGUUAACCAGAGGCUACUUCCACCUACCUUUCCUCGAUAUGCAAAAAUAAUUAAAAGGGAAGAAAUGGUCAACUAUUUUGCAAGAUUAAUAGAUAGAAUAAAAACUGUCUGUGAGGUGGUCAAUUUAACAAAUUUACAUUGUAUCCUGGAUUUUUUCUGUGAGUUUAGUGAACAAUCACCUUGUGUUCUUUCAAGAUCUCUGUUACAAACCACUUUCUUGGUGGAUAACAAAAAGGUCUUUGGAACUCACCUCAUGCAAGACAUGGUGAAAGAUGCACUUCGGUCUUUUGUCAGUCCUCCAGUGCUUUCCCCAAAGUGCUGCCUAUAUAAUAACCACCAGGCUAAGGAUUGUAUUGAUUCCUUUGUUACUCACUGUGUUCGGCCUUUCUGUAGUCUUAUUCAGAUCCAUGGGCAUAAUAGGGCUCGACAGAGAGACAAGCUCGGUCAUAUUCUUGAGGAAUUUGCUACCUUGCAGGAUGAGGCAGAGAAGGUUGAUGCGGCUCUUCACACCAUGCUGUUGAAGCAGGAACCCCAAAGGCAACAUUUGGCCUGUUUAGGUACCUGGGUCCUUUACCAUAACCUCAGAAUUAUGAUACAAUAUCUUCUCAGUGGCUUUGAAUUGGAGCUCUACAGCAUGCAUGAGUACUACUACAUAUAUUGGUAUCUGUCUGAAUUCCUUUAUGCAUGGUUGAUGUCGACAUUAAGUCGUGCUGAUGGCUCGCAAAUGGCAGAGGAACGGAUAAUGGAAGAGCAGCAGAAGGGCCGUAGCAGUAAAAAGACAAAGAAAAAGAAGAAAGUUCGCCCUUUGAGCCGAGAAAUCACAAUGAGCCAGGCAUAUCAGAACAUGUGUGCUGGAAUGUUUAAGACCAUGGUAGCAUUUGACAUGGAUGGCAAAGUACGAAAACCCAAGUUUGAGCUGGAUAGUGAACAAGUUCGAUAUGAGCACAGAUUUGCUCCAUUCAACAGUGUAAUGACACCACCCCCAGUGCACUAUCUACAGUUCAAGGAAAUGUCUGACCUCAAUAAAUACAGCCCUCCCCCCCAGUCUCCAGAACUGUACGUGGCAGCUAGCAAGCACUUCCAGCAGGCCAAAAUGAUCCUGGAGAACCUCCCGAACCCUGACCACGAGGUCAAUAGAAUUUUAAAGGUUGCCAAACCCAAUUUUGUGGUUAUGAAGUUACUGGCAGGAGGACACAAAAAGGAAUCAAAGGUUCCUCCUGAAUUUGAUUUCUCUGCUCACAAAUAUUUUCCCGUUGUGAAACUGGUUUGAGACUGAUAGGUGAUCAUAAAGGGGUAAAAUCUACUUUCAGAUUCUACUUUUUAGGACCCACCCAUCAGUCUUACCAUAUAACAUGAAGUGACAUGGAUUUCUUGGAUAACAACCCAUUAUGAGGAAUUCUUUUAAUUUGACAGCCUUAUAUGAUGUGAAUGAAAACUGCUGUUUUAAAGUGGUUUAUUAUGUCCGUGGAUGAAACUAAUCUUGUUGAAUGCAUUGAUGAACAUUAUAUGGUUUUAUUACAGAUUUAAUCAUAAAUCAUUUUUUAUAAAUGAUUGAGUGAAAAUAGUGUUUGUAAAGGUUAAUAAAUAUGACCAAAAUGUA